AUGCCCACAUCACCAAUACCAACCCCCCUCUACGCCCCCGAGGACGUCCCGCGUAUCAAAGCCGCAAAGCGGCUCGCAAAUGUGCGCCGCAAGCAGCUGCUGCGCGCGGCGGCCCGCGCGCACGAUGAUCCCCCGCCGCCCCCGGGGCUGGGCGUGUGUUGUGGGAGUUCGUGCGACCCGUGCGUGAACGAUUUGUGGAGGGAGGAGGUGGCGGUUUGGAGGGAGAGAUGGGGGGUAACCGAUCAGACAGGGGAUGGGGAUAGGGAUGGGGAUAGGGAUGGGGAUACGGGGAGGAAGAUGCCGGGGAGUUUGGAGUGGUAG